AUGGCAAGAGCUGCAAGAUUAGAGAGGAUAAAAGUGACUCAAUUAAGCAUGACUUUAUCUUCUGAAGUGGCUAAUGAAGAUUCCUUGGAUGUCCUUACGCCAAUUUUUAAUGAUAGUACUGCUUCAAAGCCAAUUAGGGUUGCCGGUGUCGUAACGACGGGGACAGAUAGUAUCGAUCCCAGCGUACUACAAAGCUACUUGGAUGAGACCAUAAUGAAGUCUAUUACUUUAGAACAGUUGGUGAAAAGUGCGGAUGUGUUGAAUAAGAGAUUGUGUCAGCACCACAUUGCUCUGAACGCCAAACAGUCGUUUCAUUUCCAGGAUUAUAAGAAUAUUUCCGACCAGAAUGGUAUGCACAGUGUGUUACCUCUCAUGGAAGUUGUCUCGCAACUAGAUGUGCUACCUCCUAAAACAUUCACAGCAAAAACGGGGACAAAUUUUGGUAACGAUAAUGAUGCAGAAGCUUACUUACAAUUCGAAAAACUAAUUGACAAAAAGUACUUAAAGUUGCCCACAAGAGUCAAUUUAGAACUAUUGAGAGGUACGAAAAUACACUCUUCAUUUCUUUUCAACUCAUAUUCUUCUCUUUCUCCUCAGACAAUUUUAAACUUGAAAGUUUUCAGUCAGUUCUACAAUUGGAAUACAAAUAAAGGUUUGGAUAUCGGACAAAGAGGAGCAAGACUGUCUUUGAGAUAUGAACCAUUAUUUUUACACGAAAUAUUACAUAAUCCACAUUCUAGUGAGUGCCCCACGUUGUUUCAUGAGUGGUUCUUAGAGACUUGUUGGAGAUCAACUAAAAUAUGCUCACCAGGUACUGGGGCGCCAUAUAUGUAUUCAGAUACAAUUUUAUCACAGGCUGGCGACCAGUUAAGGACACUGUUGGGUCACACAUUUGUUCUGGACAAAAGAAAUCAUAAUAUGUGUCCUACGAAAGGUACAUUGUUAAAAUGGAGUAAUGAACUUUCACCAGGAAAACACCUGAAGACCCAAUUUGAAUUGAAUAGUGUAAAAAGUUGGUUAAAUGACGACUUCAUUACCUUCUCUACUACUUUCAAAACUGGAUAUCUAAAAAAUAUAUCUUCACAACAAUCUUUGCCUGUACAUAUAUGUGAUAAAUUUCAAAGUGGUGGACCAAAUGAUAUUAGAAGUUUCCAAACAUUCGGACUAGGCCCUAGAGAUUUAUAUGAUGCGAUAGGUGGUGAUGCUUUUGUUUCCUAUGGUGUUAGCAUGUUUUCUCGUUUGCCUUGGAAAAAAGUCGAAAAAUCGAACUUUAGGUUACAUUGGUUUUUCAAUGGAGGUAAGUUAAUUAAUCAUGACAACACGUCGCUAAGCAAUUGCAUAGGACAACUUUCCAGGGAACACUCUACCUCUACAGGUAUCGGCCUUGUACUAAGGCACCCACUGGCAAGAUUCGAGCUAAACUUCAGUUUGCCAAUUACAGCUCACGAAAAUGAUUUAAUGAGAAAAGGAUUCCAGUUCGGCCUUGGAUUGGCUUUUUUGUAA